AUGAGUGAGACUGCAACUCCCAAUGGAACAUCGCGAAAACGAAAGGAUAUCGAUAUUUCAGAUGAAGGAUUUGAGCCUGCGGUGAAACGCCUGAGGAUUCACGAAACAACCGCGACUCCGAGCGAUCGGGGAGUUGAAGAGGUGGAUGGGGAGGAGGAGGAGGAAGUCAAUGCCCCAGUAGCCAUACGGCAAGAAGCUCCUCCCGAGGGGUUUGACGACCUAUAUCUCGAUACGGUUAAUCGGAAUGUCCUCGAUUUUGAUUUCGAAAAGCUCUGUUCUGUUACCCUUUCGAAUAUCAAUGUCUAUGCCUGCCUAGUCUGCGGGAAAUACUAUCAAGGCCGAGGCCCAAAGUCGCACGCAUAUUUCCACGCGCUCGAGGUCGGGCAUCAUGUAUACAUCAAUAUGCAGACGCAGAAGGUGUACGUUCUACCGGAAGGCUACGAGGUGAAGAACAAGAGCUUAGAUGAUAUCAAGUUCGUCUCUGAUCCGAGGUACACAAAAGAGCAGGUCAUGGCCCUGGACCGCGAGGCAAAGGUAGCCUGGACCCUUGGAGGGAAGGAAUAUGCGCCCGGCUUUGUAGGAAUGAACAAUAUUAAGGACAACGACUACUUCAAUGUCGUAGUGCAGGCCCUAUCACACGUCCCGCCUCUGCGGAAUUACUUCCUACUCGAAGACUUCUCAACCAAACCCGAACUGGUCAAACGACUCUCGAUCCUCAUCCGCAAGAUUUGGAACCCCCGAGCCUUCAAAUCGCACGUUUCACCGCACGAACUCCUCCAAGAGAUCUCUCUUAAAUCGAACAAGAAGUUCACCCUAACCGCACAAUCCGACCCAGUAGAGUUUUUGUCCUGGUUCCUCAACAAUAUCCAUCUCGCGCUUGGGGGUAGCAAGACCAAGCCAGGAAGCAGCAUGGCCCAGCAAUGUUUCCAAGGAAAACUAAAGGUUGAAAGCCAGGCCAUUACGGCCAAAGCCGACGCAGGCGAUCGGUUGCGUUUCGAGGAAGCAGCAGAGGUCAAAAUAGACGUCAAUCGCUUUCUCCUACUAACGCUCGAUCUUCCCUCCGCACCCCUCUUCCAAGAUGAACUAGAACGGAAUAUUAUCCCGCAAGUGCCGCUCACCUCAAUUCUUUCCAAAUAUGAUGGAUUAAAGGCGCAAGAACAUCUUAACCAGCGGAAACGCUAUCGUCUGCUACACCCUCUGCCACCAUACCUUCUCUUCCACGUCAAGCGCUUCUCUAAGAAUAAAUUUGUCGAAGAGCGCAACCCCACAAUCGUCACAUUCGACGCUCGGAAUUUGGAUAUGAGUCCCUAUGUGGAGCCCAACCCGGCGUUCCAUCAGCCUGGGGAGCCAAUAUGGUAUGACCUGGUUGCGAACAUUGUGCAUGAGGCCGUAAGGGGACGGGAGGAUAGUGUCGAGGGCGAAACAGAGAAGCGGACAUGGAAGGUGCAGAUGAGGGAUCGGGGUCGAGACGAGUGGGUGCAGAUCCAAGAUUUGUUUGUGGAGAAGACACAGAAGGAAUUGCUAUACCUUGGGGAGACCUACUUGCAGGUUUGGGAGAAGAGGAGGGAUGGCAAGGGGAAAGGCAAGGGUAAGGCGCAAAAUGGACGGUAG